ACUUCCUUCGACCUCAUCCAUUGAACACCGAGGCACACACAUACGCCUUUUAUACACACUUACCUCCUAAUAAUCAACCCAAAAGUAAGGCCUCACCUCGGGCUGUCCACUCGUUUUAAAUGUUCCGCACACCCAAAGCCACCGGCGCCAGUAGUAAUCAGAUGGCUCGCUCAAACAACAACAACAACAACAACAACAACGAUUACAACAACAACACGGCCGCCCGCCCGGGAACUCCGCCCUCCCCAACAAACGGCUCCGAAAAGCCCCUCCCGGAUCCCGGCUCCUCGGCCACGCCCCAGCGCCCGGGCACCUCGGGCACCGAAGCGGCCCUCAAGAUGACGCGCCGCCAAGCCUCGGAGAAGUACCGCCAGGCCCAGCGUGCCGAGCGUAUCUACCGGGCUAAGAAGCGCUCCGCCAUAGCGCGGGCCAACUACGCCGACGCCAAGCAGAACUUCCGCCAGGCCCGCUCGCACUUCGCGCUCGGCUGCAAGCUGCUGGUCGCCGCCAUCCGGGGGUGGCCGUACAUCGUGCGUGAGAAGAGGGAGGCGAGACGGGUCAAGGCCGAGGAGGAGAUGAGGCGCAAAGUGCUGGAGAAGAAGAGGCGGUUGGACGAGAAGCUCGGCGUGGUCGGUGAGGGCGCUAACCAGGAGGCGGGGGAGGAAGGGCGCUAAGGUCGUUACCCAACCGAGGGUGGUUCUAGGGUUGACCUGAGGUUGUUGACCUUGAGUUGGCCUGGAGAACGACCACAGAAGCGGAGGGGGGAGGGGGAAGGAAAGGAGGGCGACUGAAGUGAGAAGAGGGACACACUCACGGCGGCAUUUCUCCUCCCUCCACUUCUCCCAAAAGACACCAACACACAGCCACACACACACACAUAUCUACACACACACUCACUUCCAGCCCGCUCGGGCUUUGGUCAUUUUUCGUUCUUUCUUCCUCCGGUCUUUCCUAUGUCCCUGUUCUGGCCCGCGUCUGUCGACUUUGCCGACUCUUUCAUUCUUCCUUUUCUCUGGCGUUUU